GUAUGGUUUCUAAUGUUUGCUAACCACACGCCUUCCAAUAGCUUGUGGGAUGAUCUGUCUUAUAAAAAGAGUUUAGGGUUCGGUGGUGGACAGAUCAGAAUUUGAAUGAGCUUGACUUCAAUUGUUUUCACUCGUCAGCUGUUAAGUUAAGAACCAUGGAGUUUACUCUAGCAUAUGUAUUUUGUUUCGUUUUAAGCUAUGCUGUACAUGUUAAAACAGCAUCUUUCAUACAUCUAGAUUCCGAUUUCCGAGUCGAUCCUGAAGAUUGUUCAAAGUUUCAUAUUUUUAGAAAUGGGGAGGAGUUCGUGUUCAAAUGUCCUGAUGACAACGUGGUGAACACAGUUACACGGGCAUGUGUUCCCAAGGGAUCAUCUAAAGAUACAUGUGGAUAUGUCAAACAACCCGCAAAAACAACUUGUACGAAAACGUCAGGAUUUUUAGAGUUUCCUGACAACUGUGCCAAGUAUUACGAUUGUGAAGAUCCUUCUUCUACAACAGGAGAACCAAAAGUCAAGGAAUGUCCCUUUCCUUUUCUGUUUGACAAAAAAUCUCAGAAGUGCGAACAUUUCAGUAUGGUUCAAUGUGAAACCCGGUUUGAACCAAAAGAUGCAUGUGAAUAUGAAGAGAACCAGUGUCGGUCAGCCCACUGUGUCCCGUGUCACGUGAGAUUCCCGAGCUGUAGAGGGUCCACCGACGGACUGAUUCCGUGGGGCGGGCGAGAGUGGUCACCUUACUUCGCCGUGUGUCAGAGCGGACGUGUGGUGUUCCAAGGUCAAUGUCCAGCCCUCUCUGAAGACAAACCGACCAUAUUUCACCCGGUGCAUAAUGUCUGUAUGGAGAUGAAACGCCAAGAUUGAUGAAUGAACUCAUUUAGAAUUUUAUUUUUUUCUUUAUAUUUAUUACUUAUUUGAAUUUUAUACUGUGUUUUCAUUAUUUAUUUUGUUUUAUUGAUUGCUAUUGCAAUAUCUUUUUUAUGAAUAAAUUGUUUUAAUGAAUUUACUAAAAACUGUUAUCUUCUUAAAAUUUAUCGUAAUGAGAAAUCAAAAAAGUUGUU